ACUUUCAAAAAGAUAGAUUUCUGCCCAAGCAAGCCGCGAAUAGAUCGUGGAGAUUCCAAACACUUUUUAUUAUUAUUUCUAUUUUUUUAAAUGUCAAUUUUAACGCACUCUUAUGCAUCCGCCCUCUCGUGGCUCCGUUGAGGAACGCUCAUAAUCCCACCUGGAAAAAUCCGUAGAUCCGUUUUCCCAUCUUGUUAAUUGGUGCUCGGCGUUUCACUCCUGAUUGGCUGGUAGUAAAAAAAAGCACCUGCAGCUGAAAGCUAUUUCAAGGUUGCGGGGAAAGAGCCUGGGACAAUUAAGGGUGUUUGAUUUGGUUUGCAGGGCGUGCAGCGACUUCUCCGAGAAAUCGAAACAAACGAUGGCAGUGCAACUGGUCGCUCAAGCGAAAAUCAAGCCUGGGGGUUGCAUCAAAGUGAAAGGCAGGAUAGAAGUAAAUGCUGAAAGUUUUGCCAUCAACCUGGGCCAGAGUGAAUCUGACCUGGCCCUUCACUUCAACCCUCGCUUUGACAGUAAGGGCGAUGUUAGGACCAUUAUUUGCAAUUCCAAAACGUGUGGAGAAUGGGGGAUGGAAGUCAGGCAGACAGCAUUCCCUUUCCAACAGGGAGAAGAAUUCAAGCUCUUUAUCUGCUUUGAUACCAAACAAAUCCUUGUGAAAAUGCACAAGGGGGAAGAAAUCAUGUUCCCAAAUAGACUGGAAACCGAUACAGUGGACUACUUCUCCAUUACUGGCGAUGUGAAAAUUAAAGCUGUCAGAUUUGAUUAAGCCCAUCCCUUGUUAUGAAGCCCAAAAUAAAACUUGCAUGAAUAAAGUGAGACUACCUUUGCCUGA